UUGGAGGAUAAUAUGAGUAAUGCUAUUAACCAAAAUGGCACAGGUCUAGAGCAGCAAGUUGCUGGUCUGGACUUGAAUGGCGGCUCGGCUAACUAUAGCGGCCCCAUAACAAGCAAGACUUCCACUAACUCUGUCACCGGUGGUGUGUAUGUGCCCCCGCAUCUUCGUGGUGGUGGUGGCAACAACAACGCAGCGGACGCAGAGAACCAGGGCCAAGGACAAGGUCAGGGGCUCGACUCGAGGGCCGCGAAUCCGCGCCAGGACAGCAGGGACCCGCAGCAGCCUCGCGGCGGAGGCGAAUACCGCAGGGGCGGCGGCGGCAGUCGUGGCUUCAAUCGCCAGAGCGGUGACUACGGCAGCUUUGGCAGCGGAGGAGGCGGACGACGUGGAGGUGGCCGCUACGAGGACAACUACAACGGUGGUGAAUUCGACUCUCGGCGCGGCGGUGACUGGAAUCGCAGCGGAGGUGGUGGAGGUCGCGGCUUUGGUCGUGGACCGUCGUAUCGCGGCGGCGGUGGUGGAAGCGGUAACGCUAUCGACGAGCAGACUGGCGAGGAUGGCCAGCAGCAGCAGCCGCAGCAGCCGCGCAAUGAUCGCUGGCAGGAGCCAGAGCGCCCAGCCGGGUUUGAUGGCGGCGAGGGUGGACCACCCGGCGGCGGUGGCGGCAACAGAAGCUAUAACAACCGCGGAGAGCGCGGAGGCGGGGGCUACAAUAGCCGGUGGAAGGAGGGCGGCGGAGGCAACAUCGACUACACAAAGUUGGGAGCCCGGGACGAGCGACUGGAGCAGGAGCUGUUCGGCGUGGGCAACACAGGAAUCAAUUUUGACAAAUACGAGGAUAUACCCGUGGAGGCGACGGGCCAUAAUGCCCCGAACAUCACAUCGUUCGAUGAUGUGCAGCUGACGGAGAUCAUCCGCAACAACGUGAACCUAGCACGUUAUGACAAACCGACACCGGUGCAAAAGUACGCUAUACCGAUCAUAAUCAGCGGCCGGGACUUGAUGGCCUGCGCUCAAACUGGAUCUGGCAAGACGGCCGCCUUCUUGGUGCCGAUUCUUAACCAGAUGUACGAGCACGGACACUCGGCUCCGCCGCAGAGCAACAGGCAGUUCAGCCGGCGCAAGCAGUAUCCAUUGGGUCUGGUGCUGGCACCGACCCGCGAGCUGGCCACCCAAAUCUUUGAGGAGGCCAAGAAGUUCGCCUACCGUUCCCGGAUGCGUCCCGCUGUGCUGUACGGCGGUAACAAUACCAGCGAACAGAUGCGCGAACUGGACCGCGGCUGCCACUUGAUUGUGGCUACACCUGGUCGCCUGGAGGACAUGAUCACGCGUGGCAAGGUGGGGCUAGAGAACAUACGGUUCCUAGUUCUUGACGAGGCGGAUCGCAUGUUGGACAUGGGUUUCGAGCCACAGAUCCGUCGUAUUGUAGAGCAGCUGAACAUGCCGCCCACCGGACAACGCCAGACGCUUAUGUUCUCGGCCACAUUCCCUAAGCAGAUCCAGGAGCUGGCCAGCGAUUUCCUCAGCAACUACAUCUUCUUGGCUGUGGGUCGUGUGGGCUCCACCUCUGAGAACAUUACGCAGACGAUCUUGUGGGUUUACGAGCAGGACAAGCGUUCCUAUUUGCUGGAUUUGCUAUCGUCCAUCCGCGACGGUCCCGAGUAUUGCAAAGAUAACCUGACCUUGAUCUUUGUUGAGACGAAGAAGGGUGCGGACUCGCUGGAGGAGUUCCUGUACCAGUGCAACCAUCCGGUGACCAGCAUUCACGGCGAUCGCACCCAGAAAGAGCGAGAGGAGGCCCUGCGCUGCUUCCGCUCCGGCGAUUGCCCUAUUCUAGUAGCCACCGCUGUGGCCGCUCGUGGCCUGGACAUUCCGCAUGUGAAGCAUGUCAUAAACUUUGACCUGCCGUCGGAUGUGGAGGAGUAUGUACACCGAAUCGGUCGUACCGGACGCAUGGGUAACCUCGGAGUAGCCACCUCCUUUUUCAACGAGAAGAACCGCAACAUAUGCUCCGAUUUGCUGGAGUUGUUGAUUGAGACGAAGCAGGAGAUCCCCAACUUCAUGGAGGACAUGAGCUCGGAUCGCGGCCACAGCGGUGUUAAGCGACGCGGAGGCGGCGGAGGACGUUACGGCGGCGGUUUUGGCUCAAGAGAUUACCGUCAGAGUUCCGGCGGCGGUGUAGGCGGUGGCGGUGGACGUAGCAGCGGCCCGCCUCGGAGCGGCGGAUCUGGAGGCGGCGGUGGUGGCAACUACCGCAGCAAUGGCAACUCGUACGGCGGCAACUCUGGCGGCGGCGGAUUCUAUGGCGGCGGCGGUGGCGGAUCCUACGGCGGCUCCUAUGGUGGCGGUGCCUCGCAUUCGAGCAACGGACCCGAUUGGUGGAGUCAAUGAGCAAGGCUCCAGCCUCAGCUUCAGGCAAACGUCCUGGGCCAUCAGCACCAGCAGCAGCAUCAGCAGUCGUCGCCCCGUAGUCACUUUCGCAACUAACACUAACUGAAGAAUACAAAGUCGAUAAGAACUAUAUAUGUAUAUUCACACACACGUGUAUACUAUAUAUAGGGAACAGCAAAUGUGAAAGAGAAACUGUCUGUGCGCAGCGCAACACAAAACAAAACACGAAAACUACAUAAAAGCUAAAGCAACAGAAACAGAGAUGCGCACCCUCCACCACCUACAAAUAAUUUACUCUCACAACCUUUAAGCCCAGGAGCGAGCAUUCAUAAUAAAUUGUGCAAAUCCAA